CGGAAGCCGGCCUCUCCUGCCCCGGAAGUGCAAGCCCUGAGGUCGUGCAGGUGUGGAUUCCGCCGGGAAGGCGGCUUCUUUCGAGAUGCCAGGGGCUGCGGCCAAGGGCUCGGAGCUUUCCGAGAGGAUCGAGAGUUUUGUGGAGGCACUGAAGCGGGGAGGUGGGCGGCACAGCUCUGAGGACAUGGCCCGGGAGACCCUGGGGCUGCUGCGCCGGAUCAUCACGGACCACCGCUGGAGCAACGCAGGGGAACUGAUGGAACUGAUCCGUAGAGAGGGCCGGAGGAUGACGGCCGCGCAGCCCUCAGAGACCACAGUGGGCAACAUGGUGCGGAGAGUGCUCAGGAUCAUCCGGGAAGAGUAUGGCAGACUCCACGGACGCAGCGACGAAAGUGAUCAGCAGGAGUCCCUGCACAAACUCUUGACAUCCGGAGGCCUGAGCGAGGAUUUUCGCUCUCAUUAUGCUCAACUCCAGUCCAACAUCAUUGAGGCAAUUAAUGAGCUGCUUGUGGAACUGGAAGGGACAACAGAGAACAUUGCAGCCCAGGCCCUGGAGCACAUCCACUCCAAUGAGGUGAUCAUGACCAUUGGCUUCUCCCGAACAGUAGAGGCCUUCCUCAAAGAGGCUGCCCGAAAGAGGAAAUUUCACGUCAUUGUGGCAGAGUGUGCUCCUUUCUGUCAGGGUCAUGAGAUGGCCGUCAAUUUGUCCAAGGCAGGUAUUGAGACAACUGUCAUGACUGAUGCUGCCAUUUUUGCUGUUAUGUCGAGAGUCAACAAGGUGAUCAUUGGCACAAAGACUAUCCUGGCCAAUGGUGCACUGAGAGCUGUGGCAGGAACUCAUACUCUAGCCCUGGCAGCAAAACACCACUCCACCCCACUCAUCGUCUGUGCACCUAUGUUCAAGCUUUCCCCACAGUUCCCUAAUGAAGAAGAUUCAUUUCACAAGUUCGUGGCUCCUGAAGAAGUCCUGCCUUUCACAGAAGGAAUUCUCAAGAAUGGCUUCAUUGCACAUCUCAUCUCUCAAGUUACACUCUGAAGUUAACGAAGCCUCUACCAACCAGAAUCAAAGAAAGUUAAGCAACUGAGUUUACAAAUGGGUAAAUCUGUAAUAAAUUAAAAAUAUAUACAGCAGUGUAGGGUAGUAACGGGAAGGAGGGUGCAAUGUGAAGUCACACAGGCCUGGGUCUGAAUUCUGGCUCUUAGCAAACCAGUUAACAUCUCUGAGGCUUAGUAGUCUCAUUGCAAGAGAGCUACUAGCUUCCUAAGAGAACUGUUGUAAGGCUUAGAAAUAAUGUAUAUACAAAGCAUUUGAUGUAUAAUGCCCUCAAUAAAUGGUAAUUAUUAUUCUUGUUCUUGCAGCCAGAAAACUUGGAUACCACUCUCUGCUUUACUUCAUAGCUGUGUGAUCUUAGACAAGUCUCUUAAUAUUUUUCAGCCUUAGUUUCCCACUUUGUAAAACAGGGAAAAUAUAUAAGAAUAUCUCCUCAUGGGUUGCCAAGAAAUUCAAAUAUGGUAGGAAAAAUUAUUUGUAAACUUUAAAACACCACAUAAGUGUUAAUGAUUACCAUCAAGUGUUGAAAAACUAAAUCUGUCUUUUCUCUUAUGGCACCUGAGUUAAAAAACAAAACAGAACAAAACAAAAUCCUAACAGGUAAUAAAAGUAAUGUUAGAUAUUUGUGGCUAACUGGUUGGUUUUAGGCUGAUGCAUGCUACUGAGUUUAUAAAUUAUUAAGAUAGGAUAAUUCUCAGGGUGGGUGGGGAAGAUAGGAUAAUUCUAUCUUGCAUUGCUAAAAUCAGGAUGGCCAGGAAGAUUGGUUACACGAUUUUUGAAGAACUUUUCCUAAUCCUCUGCUCUGAGACACAGGGGUUUGGGAUUAUAGCAAAACCUUGUGAAAUCACACCCCAUCAUCUUAAUAGAAGAGGUAUCAUAACACUUUUUUUUAAAUUGAAGUAUAGUUGAUUUAUAAUAUUGUGUUAUUCUUUUUCAUUAUAGGUUGUUACGAGAUAUUGAAUAUGGUUCC